AGCGCGAGAGGCGGCGGCUGGGUUGCGGGGCGCUGUGAUUGUCCCUCCACCCAGUCUAGUCGCGCGCCUCUCUCCUGCCCGCUGGCUGCCUCCUCUCUGCCUCCUGGUUUCUGUCUCCUGUUCCUCCUUUGCCCCAACCCUGUUCCUUAUGGCAGCAGCUCCCCGCAUCUGGGGCGAAGCUUCUCAGCGGACUAUCCUCUCGCUCCCGGGGCUGAACCGGGUUACUGGAUGUUGCUGAAACUCCUGAGAUCAUGCACUCCUUUGGCCGCAGCCCCAGAGCCGGCUGUCCCUGCCGCCGCCUCCUCCUCUGCUGCCGUGGUCCGCGGGAUGCUCAGUAGCCCGCUGCGUGGCCCCCGCGAUCCCGUGUUCUUCAGAAGCCUUUGGUUGCUGCAGAGUUGCGCGAAGUAGUCAUGGUGCUGUGGGAGUCCCCGCGGCAGUGCAGCAGCUGGACACUUUGCGAGGGUUUCUGCUGGCUGCUGCUGAUGCCGGUGACGCUGCUUAUCAUAGCCCGCCCGGUGAAACUCGCUGCUUUCCCUACCUCCUUAAGUGACUGCCAAACGCCCACCGGCUGGAACUGCUCCGGUUAUGAUGACAGAGAAAAUGAUCUCUUCCUCUGCGACACCAACACCUGUAAAUUUGACGGGGAAUGUUUAAGGAUUGGAGACACUGUGACUUGCGUCUGUCAGUUCAAGUGCAACAGUGACUAUGUGCCUGUGUGUGGCUCCAAUGGAGAGAGCUACCAGAAUGAGUGCUACCUGAGACAGGCUGCCUGCAAGCAGCAGAGAGAGAUACUUGUGGUCUCAGAAGGAUCCUGUGCCACAGAUGCGGGAUCGGGAUCUGGAGAUGGAGUCCACGAAGGCUCUGGAGAAAGCAGUCAGAAGGAGACAUCUACCUGUGACAUUUGCCAGUUCGGUGCGGAGUGUGACGAAGACGCUGAGGACGUCUGGUGUGUAUGCAACAUUGACUGUUCUCAAACCAACUUCAACCCCCUCUGUGCUUCUGACGGGAAGUCUUAUGAUAACGCGUGUCAAAUCAAAGAAGCAUCAUGUCAGAAACAGGAGAAAAUUGAAGUCAUGUCUCUGGGUCGAUGUCAAGAUAACACAACUGCAACCACUAAAUCUGAAGAUGGGCAUUAUGCGAGAACGGAUUAUGCAGAGAACGCUAACAAAUUAGAAGAAAGUGCCAGAGAACACCACAUUCCUUGCCCGGAACAUUACAAUGGUUUCUGCAUGCACGGGAAGUGUGAACAUUCCAUCAACAUGCAGGAGCCAUCUUGCAGAUGUGAUGCUGGCUACACUGGUCAGCACUGUGAGAAAAAGGACUACAGAGUCCUCUACGUUGUGCCCGGCCCUGUCCGAUUUCAGUACGUCUUGAUUGCAGCGGUGAUCGGAACGGUUCAGAUCGCUGUCAUCUGCGUGGUGGUCCUCUGUAUCACAAGGAAAUGCCCCCGAAGCAACAGAAUUCACAGACAGAAGCAAAAUACAGGGCACUACAGUUCAGACAACACCACAAGAGCAUCCACAAGGUUAAUCUAGAGGGAGCAUGUUUCCCAGUGGCCGGACAACUGACAGCUUGGACUACACAAUACAGUAUUAGAGACAAAAGAAUAAGACGAGAUCUACACAUGUUGCCUUGCGUUUGUGGUAAUCUACACCAAUGAAAACAUGUACUACAGCUAUAUUUGAUUAUGUAUGGAUAUAUUUGAAAUAGUAUACAUUGUCUUGAUGUUUUUUCUGUAAUGUAAAUAAACUAUUUAUAUCAAUCACACAAUAUAGUUUUUUCUUUCCCAUGUAUUUGUUAUAUAUAAUAAAUACUCAGUGAUGAGAAAAAAAAGGCAUUCUUAAAUUUGCAGUAAUUUGUAGCUGUAACCCCUGUCCAGCCGACAUAGGCUGUGCAGACAGCAGGCUUUCAUCCUCUGUGCAGCUUCAGACA